CCACAAGCCCCAACCCCACCGCCCCUCCUCCCACUCCAUUGUAAUAAAAGAAUAGAAAAAAGAGGGAGCAGCAGUGGAGACCGAAGAGAAAGGAGCCUUGCAGCACAAUUCGCUCCCUUGCCCUCCACUCAUUGCUACAUUCCUUCCAUCACGGUAUGCAGGGGAGCUAUAGAAGGAGGGUUGCAGCUAGAAAUGGUGUGGUGGCGGGCUCGGUCUGGGAGAGGAGGAUGAGAAUGGAUGAAGUGAAGGGUGGGAUCAAUGUGUUCAAGGGCCGCAAAGAUGAUGGGAAUGCCGAGGAGGAUGGGCUCAGAGCGCACCCAAGGCUGAGGCGAAACCAGAGCGACAGCGUCUCCAUGGAGAGGAGGAAGAGGAGGGGUUGGCGGCCGCCCGAGCCGGCGGCCAGUGGCUCAAUGGAGAGAAGCCCAAUUCAGCUGAGGAAAGCGAAAUCAGAAUUGUCGAAUUCUCCGAGGAUUCGCCAUGGGCAUUGUGGGGAAAUUGGUGAGGAGAAGGAUUUUUUGGACGGUGCAGGGAAUGGAGGUGGGGUUGGGGAGAAGAAACAAGUGCUGCUUAUAGGUGAUGGGCGUGAGGAUGGUGGCGAUGAAGAAGAGGAGGUUUUUGAGAUCGAGGUAGAGGAGGAGAAGAAGAGCUUCGAUGAUAAGGAAAUGGAUGUACCAGUGGAGAUACCAAAGAGUGUGGAGGAGGAGGAGAGAAUUAAUCAGAUCCCGGUCGAGAAGCCGAAGAAUGUGGAGGAGGAGGAGAGAAUUAAUCAGAUCCUGGUCGAGAAGCCGAAGAAUGUGGAGGAGGAGGAGAGAAUUAACAAGAUCCGUGGGGUAUCAGUGCCGCCCAUAGUACAGAAGAAGCCAAUGCCGCCGGUGAAUCGCCGGGCAAUUCAUCCGGAGGUUAUAAAAGCAACUUCUGUUGAGGUAGAAGAAGAAAUUUUUGUGAGCAGAUUCGGGACCAGCCAAAACAAAAUGCAGAACAUCGUGAAUUUGGUGAUGUGGAGGGAUGUAUCGAAAUCGGCAUUCGUCUUUGGUUUCGGGACAUUCUUCCUCGUCUCCUCUUCUUAUACCAAGGAUCUUAAAUUCAGCCUAAUUUCAGCAAUUUCCUAUCUGGCUCUUAUCUAUCUCGCUUUGAUUUUCUUUGUCAAGUCCAUUCUCCGAAGGGGAACUACCACAGGAUAUGAUGAAAGGGAUCAGAGGUAUAUGGUGGGAGAGGAGGAGGCUAUCUGGCUACUGAGGCUGUUCCUUCCUUACAUAAACGAGCUACUAUCAAAGCUGAGAGAUCUUUUCUCUGGGGACCCUGCAACUACAAUGAAGCUGGCGGUUCUGCUAUUUGUGAUGGCCAGGUGUGGAGGCUCCAUCACCAUAUGGACAUUGGCUAAACUGGUGUUCUUUGGAGUUUUCACCAUCCCAAGGGCCUAUUCUUCCCAUUCAACUCAGCUGGCAAAAUAUGGCAAAUUUUGGUUGGAGAGAACUAGAGAUGGUUGGGAGUCAUGCACCCACAAGAAAGCCGUCGUUGCGGCCAUCUUCACCCUCAUAUGGAACCUCUCCUCUAUUGUUGCUCGCAUUUGGGCUGUGUUCAUGCUGGUUGUGGCAGUCAAAUUUUACCAGCAAUGCAUAGUAGAUGGCUGGAGUGGGCAAGAGGAGUUGGUGGUGGACGAAGGACAAGAAGAUUCCCAGUCAGGACAGAACCAGGUCUUUGAACGACUACACCGUCAGAUGGGUGGGCCAAGUGUGAAGCUAAAGAAGGGGAUGUAACAGUAGGGGAUGCAAGGGAGAUAAUAGUGGUGAUGGCCAAAUUGGAAGGAUAGUGUAAAGGAGAAGAGAGGAGGGUGGGAGGUAUCAGCAAUCUUUUUUACGUCGGAGGCAUUUACACCAGCCACUGGAUUUCCUUGUAGACAGAGGCUAACAAUAAUAUUUAAUAUUUUUCAUUUAUAA